AUGAGUGGUGUGAGUGAUAGUCUAGAUGUGUAUCUUAAGGAGCGCCAGCAUAAAUUGGACCAUCAGAGAGACCUAUUGGAGAAAAGGCAGAGGCGCAAGCGCCUGGAUCCAAUGGUGGUGCGGCCAAAUCCUGUUACUGGACUUCCUCUUGCAAAGCCGAGAAGUGGGGAGAGUCGUUUCUAUCUGAGGUCAUCUUGUCCUCCCGGCAACAAUUUCAUCCUGCCUGGAGCUGUUGACCCAGUUGCCACCACGAGGCCCAGCAAUCAGGAUUCAGUUCCAGAACUUCUUACCAUCCCUCUAAACUCUUCUUCCAGCAAAGAGGAAACAGAGGGACAGGCCGCUGGGACAAGCACUGCGGUGGCUGCUUCUCAAAUUGAUGCUGUUGAUGCAGACCUGGAACUUCCAGAAGAGUCUCAAGAUUCUUUUGUCACCAUAGAGGACAUUGAUGAAUGUAAUGAGGAAUGUCGCUUGACGAAACUUGCUUCUAAGAAGUUUUUUAACAUACAUGAUGUCAUUGGCGCAGACAAUAAGGAUUUGGAUUUGAAACUUCCUGUCUCAUCUCAGGGCUCUCCUACCUCCAUAGAGAAAAUUGAGGCUACGGGAAAGAAGCCACGCUCUCCAAAGCUUGCUUCUAAGAAGUUUUAUGACAAAGAUGAUAUUUUAGCCCAUAUGAUCCUGGAGAGAGAGGAGAAAGCCAAGAAAAGUCAAGAAUCUGCAGAAGCAAUUCUAAAACAUCAUUUACCAUUAUUCCCAGUGGGCACCACUGAGGAUGAAGACAGCUUUCAGUCAGCCAUGGUUCGUAGAUCUGAAAUGUUUCUAGUUAAUGCCCCAAAUGCUCAUGGAUGGUGCUUCCCUCAGGAUACAAUUGAGUCCUUUGAGACAGCCGUUCCGGAAAUGACUGAGUUUAUGACAUCUCUGAGUAAUCUGAAGGACUUUGCUUACCAUCAAGCUCCUCAGGAUACCGCUGUGAGAUGUAUGAUAAUCAAAGACAUUAAGGGUAUCUUCCCCGGCUACUAUAUGUUUGUGGAAGUUAAAGAGAAUAAGGAGCUCUUCGUCCUUGCAGCUAGAAAGUACAAGAAGUUUAUGAGAUCAGAAUACAUUAUCUCCACUGACUUUAUGGAUUUAUGUCGUGGAGGGACGAAUUACAUUGGCAGACUUCGGGCCAACCUCAUGAAGACCAAGUACACGCUUUACAGCAGGAUGGAUCCAAACCAGUGCAGGGACUUGACUGAAAAGUGCUCCACACAGCAGAAGCUCGGGACCAUCACUUACAAAAAUAAAGCGCUUCGAUUUCAAAGGCCUAAGAGUAUAACUGUGAUCAUUCCAAUUUCGACUGAGAGUGAAGAGCAGGUGCCAGUUGAAUCAAAGAGGACCCUCAAGGAUUUUUUCUCUAAAUGGAGAAAGAAAACCAAGGACAAUGUCGUUGAAUUCAAAAAUAAGUACCCUAUUGGGAACCUCAAGACGCAGAGCUAUUGCUUGCCCCAGUGGAUGAAGGACAAGUCGCAGAAGACCUUCCAGCUCAUUCAAGGAAGUGAGACUUCCCGUGUGGUCAUGCAGCUUGAGCACGUGAUCAAGCAACAAUUCUUCAUGGAGUACAGCCACCCUCUAUCGACAGUGCAGGCAUUUGCCAUUGCUCUGUCAAGGCUUGACAGAGGCUGA